GAAAAUAAUGCCACAAAGAAGUGAGGAGUCGGGUUGUUCACACACGGAUGGAUUCAGGGUGAACACCCUGUCAAAAAACAGGCCACGCGCUUGACGAAACUUAACUUUUUCUUUCAAUAUAAAUGUAUUACUUGUGAUAGAUAUGACGGAAAUGUUUUCAACUCUGUUCGGGCAAAACGAAGCUCAGGGACCUCCCGGCUCGUCGUCUCUGGGUUUCGGACCAGGGAAGCCUCCGCCGCCUGUGCCGCAAAAUCAAGCCUCUAUGGCGGGGCAGAUGCCACCGCAGCUCGGGGAUGAAGGGCCUGCCCUGCGGAAGCCCGGAGCCAUGAAUGAACCUUUCUACUUACUGCGAGAGCUUCCUGUGGGAAACGAGUUAACGGGCAACACCAACCUCAUCACUCACUACAACCUGGAGCACGCCUACAACAAAUUCUGUGGGAAAAAGGUGAAGGAGAAGCUCAGCAACUUCCUGCCAGAGUUACCAGGUAUGAUCGACUGUCCGGGCACUCAGGACGGCAGCUCGUUGCGCUCUCUGAUCGAUAAGCCUCCAGUGUGUGGGAACUCCUUCAGCCCGUUGACAGGCGCUCUGCUCACAGGCUUCAGACUACACACAGGACCACUACCAGAACAGUACAGACUGAUGCACAUACAGCCUCCAAAGAAGAAGAGCAAACACAAGCACAAACACCACCGACUACAGGACCCGUUACCACAAGAAACUCCAUCAGACACUGAUCCCAAGAAGAAGAAGAAGAAAAGGGACGACGAUCCUGACCGCAAGAAAAAGAAGAAAGACAAGAAAAAGAAGAAGAACCGCCACAGUCCCGACCACCCCGGCCUCGCUGGAUCACAACCCAACAGCAACAGCCUCAGAUAGACAAGAGCCCACUGUGUGCAUGCCGGCGUUUGAGCGUGUGUGAGACUGUGCAUUUUGUAAGAGGAUGCGUGUGUGUGUUUUACAGAUAAUUGUAUUAUUGGGAGUAUGUUUUAAUGAGAUGAAUCAAGUAAUGCAAAUGGUUGUAUGAUGCGUGUGAGAGUGAAAGGAGCAGCGACACAGUUGAUGUGUGUGAUGAUGUAAAGACAUGUUACAGAGCAGUGUACAAGGCAGAGACGAGCUGAGUGGUGUUAUGGAUGACUGAGCAGGCACUGUAUGUAUGUCCCUCUUUGAUUUUGUUGUGAUAUCUUUUGACCAUAUUGCCAAAAUCAAAUAAACUUUUGGUUAUUAUCUUUG